GGACUGCAAACAUCGGGGACUGCCAAGAUGUAUAGUACCGCUCAUUACGUCCAGAUUCAAAUGCGCCCUUUGACUUGAGCCCGGGAGUUUUCUGAACGGGAAAUCGCUACGGUAGUGAUUCUUCUUUUCUUUUAGAAUAUAUAAAAAAACAAAACAAAAAGGAGAAAAAACACAGAGAAUCAAAACUAGGAAUUCUAUAAAAAAAAAAGGGGAAAAAAAAAAGAAAAGGGGAUUCAAUUCAUCUGUGAUCGGCCAAUUAGCCACUGACACGUGGACUCACGCCGUUGAAUGCAUCACCGUCGUAAUGAUGGCCCGUCAGCAAUCAUCCGUGAUGGUUAUUACCGUCAUCGUUGUCAUCGCUAUAAUUCUGAUCACUGCUGUCACUAGGGUCGCCCCGAUCCCGACAGGCGCUGUGGAGGGUUAUGGAGGAGACGUGCUCGCUGAAUCAGCACCUGCUUCACCUGCUUCUGACUCAGACAGACCGGGCUUCGAACCCUUCACCGGUUCAUCGGCUGACUCUGUACAUGGCGCAUCUGAGGCAGUGGAUGGUCAAAGUCAAAGUCAAAGUCUUCUUAAUGAUCACGUGAACACGAUGGCAUUGGUCGUGAUUCAAGGUUGGCCGAGGGCAAGCAGUGAUGCAAAUGGCGGAGAAGUCAAACCUUCUGGUCAAAGUGAGGAGGUCAAGGUCAAACCUGCUGGUCAAAGUUGGGGGGGGCAUCAAGGUUCUGAAGCUGAGGAGGAUGACUGGAGCAGAAUGACUAAGGUUUCGAUAGACGGUUGGCCGAAGUCAGGAGUUGGCGCAAUGUCGGAGCAGGAAAUUGAAAGAUCCGCUUCUGGUCAAACCGAGGAGGUCAAACCUUCUUCUGGUCAAACUAAGUUCAAAGCGGCUGGAGCCAUUUGGGGGGCGGGUAAUCAAGGUCCUGAAACUGAGAAUGAAUGGAGCAGAGUGGCAAGGGUUGUUAUUGAUGGUUGGCCCAAGUCGGGAGGAAUCGGUGCGAAUGCCGAGGAGGUCAAACCUCCCGCUGGUCAAACUGAGGGUUUGAAACCUUCUGCUGGUCAAACUGAGGGAUCCGAAUCUUCUUCUGGUCAAACUGAGGAGGUCAAACCUUACGGUCAAACGGAGAAGAAGGUCGAUGUCGAUCCUGCUCCCGCUGGUCAAAAGGACGAGGUCAAACCUUUUCCUGGUCAAACUAAGGGGUUUAAACCUUUUCCUGGUCAAACUGAGGAAGUCAAACCAUAUGGUCAAAUUGGGAAGAAGGUCAAUGGUGAUCCUGCUGGUCAAACCGAAAAAGCCAAAGUCAAAGAUAGAGAGAAAUGGUCAACGGUGCUCGAGGAUUGGGGCAGGAAAUUGUCAAUGUUCGACGGUUGGCUGCGGAUCGUUGGGGCUUAUGGUAAGGUGAUCAAAAGGGGUCAUACUGAGGGGCAGAUCAUGGGGGAUAAUCAAGGUCGGAGUGCCGGGAGUGGAUUGGACACCAAUGAAGAUGGACACGGAGGCAUGGAGAUGGGGCCGCUGGAUGGUGAACACGUGGAUGUCUCGUCGCAUAACCUGAAAAUAUCCUUUGACCAGAAUUCUGCCGUCGACCCCUUUGACCAGAACUCUGCCGUUGACCAUUUGCAUGCGGCUCGUUUCAUCGACGAGGAUCAUGCUGCUGCUCCCGGAUCGGAAUCCUUGCAUCAUGGUGAUAUUAACGGCUUUGAACAGAGUCUGAGCCAGCGACCAGAUACGUGGAAGUCGAUCACAGAAGAAGAGGAUGUGAAGCAGCAGCGGACUUCCUUGGAUGGCGGCGAGUUGACCACCGGUAGACGGACUGUGAGUCAGCGACAUGACCAAGCGAGUCGAAUGAAGAACGACAGGGGCUCGAACCCUGACAAAGACGGCGGGCAGAGUGGUAGUAGAGUUGAUGCUGCUCCAAAGAGCAAAAACAUCGCGAGGAAGCUUGACCAGGGUUCGAACCCUGACGACGACAACAACGUUGCGCAGAGUCGCAGAGAUGAUCAUGCUCCAGAGCUGGAAAGGAGGAGAAAAAUGGACAGGAAAAAUGUCGUCAUGGAGCACUUUGACCAUGGUUCAAACUCUGACCGCGACCGUGAGAAUGUGAUGCAUGUUGACUUCGCUUUGCGCAUUCGCUCGUGGAGAACGGACCGCGGCUCGAACCCACAUCAUGAUGAUGGUGGUCAUGGUGUUAUUGCAGGGGAGGGCUUGAUGUCAAUCAGGCAGCUGCAAGAAGGGAGCAGGAGUGAUGACAUCACAACUCAUGGGAAGGAAACCAUGGAAGCUCGGUCCGCGGUCCUCACCCAUGGAGGGCAAGAAGUGGUGGCCUCAUCAAGCAGGGAGGAAGUUUUUUUGUGGAAAAAGUUGGAAGAACGGCUCCAGGGAGAGAGCGAGACGGCGGAGGAGGAGAAGCAAAAGCGACGAGGAGAGUCAGUUGACUGGGAGAGUGGAAAGGCCACACAGCAGCGGAGUUUCAACCCCCAGGAGGAAAUUUGGGGACACGGGGAGGAGGGGGAGAGGGAGGGGGAGAGGGAGGGGGAUGUUAGGACUGAUAUGAAGUUAGAGAAGGCCGCCAAGGAAACCAUUUGGCAGAUGAAGGAGAGACUUGACAGAGGAGUUGAAAGAGGAGUUGAGAUGGCGGGCGGGGGUCGGCAAAAGGUAGGAGAAGCAGUCUCUGGUGCCAAGGAAAAGGUGGGAGAAGUAGUUUGUCGUGCCAGGGAAAAGAUGGGAGUAGUAGUUUGUGGUGCUGAGGAAAAGGUGGGAGAGGUGAUUUCAGGCACCAAGGAAAAGGUGGGAGAAGUAGUCUCUGGUGCAAAGGAAACCGUGUAUGGCAUGAAAGAAAAGGCGGGAGAAGUAGUUUAUGGCGCCAAGGAAAAGGUAGGGGAAGUAGUUGUUGGGGCCAAGGAAAAGGUGGGAGAAGCAGUUGUUGGCGCCAAGGAAGCGCUGCUUGAAGGAGCGUCCCUGGUACAGAGGAGAGUGCAGGAGAGCGAAGAGAGGGUUUUCCACCCCCAGUCCGGGGCGGAGAGGGCGGAAAGAAUCAAGGCAAGGGAGAGAUUCAAGGGACUUGAUGGCAGCGAGAGGGAUGGGGAAAGGGAGAGCGUAUACCGAACCAAGGACUUUUCCUUAGGUGGGGUGUCCUCCCCCUUCUCACGUGAACCGAAGGAGGGGAGCUUGACGGGACUGAUGACCGAAGAGGCAGGAGGGGGAGGAGGGGAGAAGGUGACCAUGACGUUGGCGGCACGUGAGCAGGAGGGCAGAUUUGCAAGUUGGUGGAGACUUACGAAGGACUGGGGCGGAAGAACGGCUUCCAAGAUAUACAGGGUUGCGGAGUGGGUAGGAGGGGCGAUUUACGAGGCGCUGACAAUGCUGCUGGCUAUGAUGGUGGUCAUGUUCGAUACGAUCGUUAUAGCGGUCGUGUAUCUAAAAGGGGUUGUCGAAGGGGUGAUUUGCAAAUGUACCCCUGUGGCCAGUUACCUUAUGGAUUUUGCGAAGGGGUUAUGGCGCAAAUGUACCCUUGUUGCGAACAUAAUAAAGAUGCAAUUUUCGCCGAUUGCGAAGAGACUUUCGUCGAUCGUCGCGAAGAUGUUAUCCCCAGUAGUAGACGCACUGAGGCCCAUUCUUGCGCAGUUCGCAUAUUAUCCGGCGAGGACUAUAUACCAGCUGCUCAAACCAGUCAAGGAAAAUCAGGUCGUGAUCGGCAUAGUGAAAACCGUUCACCUCUUGGCUUUUGUCUGUGGUUUCGGAACAUCAUUUUGGGUCAGUUACGUCGGAGGCCGGAUCUUGAUGGAGAAUCUGCCACUUCAUGAAUUCAGAUGUAUUCAGAGCGUGAUUUAUCCGACAUACCUGCAGCUCCUGGCGUUUGCCAGCGCCGGAUGCGCAGCCGGAAUGUCCUUCUUCCAGCCCCCUUGGAACGCAAGCUCCCGGUGGGACAUUUUCGAGUUCACUGUGCUGUCCUUGUCGUGGGCCCUGACUUUGGUCAACGAGUACUACCUGGAGCCAGAAGCCUCGAAGCUUAUGUUUGCGAGAAUGAAGAGGGAGCGAGGAGGACGGGUCAUGAACGGUUCGGGUUCCGCAGUGAGGACGAGUGUGACAACACUGGCACAGGAGAGGUCUCUUCGCCGUCGCGCCGUACGAAAUCCGUCCAUCCGCCGGAUUCAUUCUGUGGACGUGCCGUCGACCGACAUCGAUCACACUGAGACUGAAUCUCUACGCAUCAUGUCCACGGUCCGUGGGAUCGCAGAGUGCAGCAGAGAAGGACAAGUACACAGAGAAGGAGAAGUAGGCAGAGACGGAGACGCACAGAGAGAAGGUGAAGUUCGCAGCGAAGAAAGAGACGGUCGACCAGUGGGAGAGAGAGAGGUACCAUCAGGAGAAGAGGCUGCAGAUCUUGGUCAGCCUGAUGACGAUGCAGCGGAUCGUCUUGACGACCUGAACAGGCGUUUCAAGCAUUACCAUAAGUGGUCGACGAUCUUGCAGCGGCUGUCCUUUUUUUGUCUCCUCCAGCAUGGCGUCUACUUGGCUUUACGCCUUGACCUGUGAGAGUGGGUCCAUCCUAGCCUCAUGGUUUGUUUGUUUUUUGUCAGGCUUUCUUUUUUCGCUCAUCGUGUCCAUGCCGUCUUCCG